GUGUUCUUUUGCUAAACAUGGAAAGAUGCCAGCUUUUAUUUAGGCAGUGAACUCACCUUCGUGCUGUGUAUCGUCUAAUCAUAUAUGCCCGGUGAAGACAUCCCAGGGAGCAAGGCCGGUGAACUAGUUCUCUUUUCUUUGCCGCCCAGUGUCUUCUCUUGCUUCUCCUUUGUGUCCACUUGAUAACAAACUCCACACCGUCUAUAUUUAUACUACGUCUAUUAGCCCAUCCAUCUUCCACUCUCGCUAUCCACAGGAGCAGAACACCUGCAACAAGCAAGCCGCCGUGGUAGAGCAGGCAUCAUGCAUCACCCCACACUCUGUGCCGUGGCAGUUGCCCUGCUGUCUGCGCUUCCAGGAGCUCAGGCUGGUCUCUACUCCAAGAAGUCUCCUGUCUUGCAGGUGGAUGCGAAGAGCUAUGACAGACUGAUUGCUAAGAGCAACCAUACCUCUAUUGUCGAAUUCUAUGCCCCAUGGUGCGGCCAUUGCAAGAACCUUCAGCCAGCCUACGAAAAGGCUGCCAAGAACCUGGCUGGGAUCGCCAAGGUAGCCGCGGUGGACUGCGAUGAUGAUGCCAACAAGCAAUUCUGCGGUCAGAUGGGCGUGCAGGGCUUCCCAACGCUCAAGAUUGUCAGGCCAAAGAAGGGAGGUGGCAAGCCGAUGGUGCAAGACUACAAUGGCCAAAGAACAGCAAGCGGUAUUGUCGAGGCUGUGGUGCAAGCCAUGAACAACCACGUUGUCAAGGUUGAGGACAAGACCCUGGAUAAGUUCUUGGAUGACGAGAAGGACGCCCCAAAGGCUCUUCUCUUUACUGACAAGGGGACCACAUCCUCCUUGCUCAAGAGCAUUGCCAUUGACUUCCUCGACGUGAUCACAGUCGGACAGGUGCGGAAUACUCAGGCCAAGGCCGUGGAGAAGUUCGGCAUCACCAAGUAUCCCACCCUUAUCCUUCUGCCGGGCGGAGAUGCCCCGGCGGUAACCUACGACGGAGAGCUCAAGAAGGAGGCUUUGGUCACAUUCCUCUCGCAAGCCGGAGCGCCCAACCCUGACCCAGCGCCUGCUAAGCCCAAGGCUGCAAAGAAGGAAAAGAAAGCUGAGAAGAAGACUGAGAAGAAGACCGAGAAGAAGGCCCAUUCAUCCGAGUCGUCAUCCACAGCCGAAUCCGAGCCCGAGGUUCCAACACAAGAAGCCCCCGUCAUCAUCGAGAAGGCCUUGCCCAUUCCCACCAUCAACUCCCAGGAGAAGCUGAUCAAAGAGUGCCUGACCGAAAAGUCUCACACCUGCGUCCUUGCCUUUGUCUCCAACAGCGAAAGCGACUCGGCCAAGAAGGCACUCGACAGCCUGGCCCAACUCUCUUUCAAAUACGCCCAAGGCAAGCGCAACCUCUUCCCCUUCUACGAGGUACCCACCAACAUCAACGGCGCCGCCCCUCUCCUCAAGGCCCUCGAUCUCACCAACGAGGUGGAGAUCAUCGCCAUCAACGCCCGCAGGGGCUGGUGGCGCCACUUUGAGGGUGCCGACUUUGCGCACACCACGGUGGAGAGCUGGAUCGACGCCAUUCGUAUGGGCGAGGGUUCCAAGAAGAAGCUUCCCGAGGGCAUUGUGGCCAUCUCGGUGGAGCAGCCCACACCGGCUACUCCGGAGCCCGAGGCGGACCCGACUGCUGCGGACACCCCCGACGCGACUGAGGCCGCCGCCAGCGAGGAACCCACUCCUCUGACUCCCGAAGAGAACGCCACUCGAGUUCCACCCGAGUCCUCCGCGACCGAGGCCACGGAUCCCGAACCAGAGUGCCAGACUGGUGCUGCCGAGCAGUGCGGGGCCAGGCCUGCCGCAGAGCAUGACGAGCUUUGAUAUUUUGGAGGAAAACCAAAAGUUUGUUGUAUUCUAUCUCUCUUUUGUCCGGUGGUCAGUAACGGGAGUUUUGUUUGGCGCAUUCUUUGACCGAGGCAACACAGCACAGCAACACAAAAAGUAGGUAGCCAAUUCCAGGCCACGGGAAUUAAUGAACUUUGAUGAGAGCAAAACGAACCCGGCUUCUUCUCACCUUUGAAUCAUUGCCUUGCUCCCAUGUCUGUUAUCGUUAAAGUUCCUGACAAAAACGCCGGCCGAUGGAUAAAACGCUAUCUCCAAACGCCAUUCCAACCAAACACACUGAUACACAUACAAUAUGACAACGGGACAAUGCUGCCUUAAUCCAGAUCCAUAUCAUUGAGUCCCGUCCCCUUGUCUACCGUCCCCUCCAAGAUCAUCUUUCGCCCCUGGGCUUUGAUAACCUGAUCUAGAAUCUCUCUCACUUGCUUACACCCGUCCACUCCCACAGCCAGCAUGCCCUCCAACCGGCUGAUCUGCACUCUGCUCUCGCACACCAACGCCACGACCUUGUCGCUUUCACCAAGGGUGGCUACUGUCAGCCCGGGUAGUUCUUGCUCUUCCUGGUGGUUAAGAUCGAGCAACGGGUCGGCGCCCUCGUCGUUGGCGGCGUAGGUUGAGGUUGAACCGGCCGUGCAGGCGGUCACGUAGUCUGUCAUGGGGAUACCGGCGUCCACACACGCCAACGUGGCGGCGUUGAUGAGGGCUGCGAGGAGGGAGCCGUCCUGGGAGAGGACGUGGAGGGAGAUGUUGAUUUGGGAGUGGGGGAAGAGGUGGGUGUGAAGGGUCGCGGCGAGGGUGUUGGAGAGGGUGGAUUGCAUUUCUAGGGUGCGCCUAUGUUUUUUUGUUAGCAUAACUGUGAGCCGCCAAGGGGUAUGGUGUAUAGCAGAGGGCUUUACUUGUCACCCCUCCCCCUUCUUUUCCUAUCUACCGAACUGAACCCAGCAAUGACAAUGUUGACCACCACCUCUGCGUCUUUGGACUGCCCGCCCGAUCCACCACCGCCGCUGGCUCCCCCUGCUGCUCCUCCACGGCGCGGACCGGGCUCGCUAGGGCCAGUGACGACGCACAUGACUUUUGUGUGGCCCAUUUCGAGGUAGGAGGAGCCAUCGGCUGCGGCUUGGGUGCGGAUUUGGCCGUGGAUGCGACGGAGCUCGUUCCACCUCCGUCCGUCGACGCGAAGGAGGGCGAGGCCGUAGGUUGAUGUGUCGAGCGGCAUGAUGGGGGGUCUUGUGGAGGGGUCGGUUUAGAAGUUUCCCCUCUUGUGUUCGAACUGGGGGGAUAUUCUGCUGCACCGAAGUUGCUUAUGGCCUUUGGGGGGAUGGUUGUCGGCUGGGUGGGUUUGGCGGCCUUAAUCAGGGUUUUAGACCGUUGGUAUUUGUGAUCCUGUUGUGUUCGAAUAUCGAGGUCACGAUGAUCGAUUUGACAGAGUAUCGUAGUUUCAACGGGAGGGCUCCUAUUGUCG